CAACGUCGGUAGACGCUUUCCUUGGUUUCUCGAUUCACUGUAUACAACUACUCUUUCACCUUUUGUGAAGUUCUCAAAUAUUUUUUUCUUCUCAGUAUCCUUUUUUUUUUUUGAAAUACUGUACUUAAUUAUAAUCCUGUAAGCUGAACGAUUCCCGCUGAGCAGCCGGCGAGGCAGAACGGCAGCCGGUUGCAGGUAUAACUUGUGAUGGACCCUUCCAUAGUGAAGCUCCUUGAAGAAGAAGAGGACGAGUCUAUGCAUUCUGGAGCUGACGUUGAGGCUUUCCAGGCCGCGUUGAAUCGAGACAUUGAAGGCGAUGCGUCGAAUUCUCAGCAUUCUGGUUCAAAUAUCGCAGUUUUGUCUCAAGGAAGCAAUCCAGCUUCCAGUCAAUCGGUUGCGCAAUGGCCGGCCUCGGGGCAAGAUGGAAACUCCAACUUUCAAAAUCAACAAGUCCUUCAAAGUGCACAGCAACAGCAGCAAACUUUGUCUGAAUCAGAGCAAAAGCAACACGGAGCUGUUGUCACUGGAAGUCAGCAACAAGUGCAACAGCCAAAUGAUGUUCCAAAAGAACAUAGUCGUCUACCACCACAACAAAAACAACCCCAAGAGGACCAUCCACAAGGAGUGACCGAACAAAUUCCUGCCCCAGUUCCUCAAACUACUGGGAUUCAGAGCCAGACUACUGAAAAAAGUCCCAUCUCGCGUGAACCUGAGAGAACCAAUAAUCAAGACAGUGAAUCACAAUAUGCGAAAUUACAGAAGCUGAGUAAUCAGCAGGCCAGCGGAGCAGAGCAGCCAAAUAGUCCUAUGAAUCGAGGAAAACAAGUUCCAUUUGCCGUGUUGUUGCCUGCUUUACUGCCCCAACUUGAUAAAGAUAGAGCCAUGCAGCUUCAUACUCUGUAUGGUAAACUAAAGAAAAAUGAAAUUGCAAAAGACGGAUUUGUUAGGCACAUGAGAGAUAUUGUAGGAGAUCAGAUGCUGAGGUUGGCGGUUAACAAGUUACAAGUUCAGAUGAGUUCCAAUCAAUUCCCAUUACAGUCCCCAGCAGGAUUACGGCAGAAUACUCCUCGGAUGCCCUCUGUUGGCAGUGCCACACAGUUCGCUGGCCCACAUUCAUUAGCUCAGCUGCACCAAAAGGGUCCUAAUUCUCCUGCCAAUUCAUCUCAUGCCCCCUCUACACCAGUCCCCAUGCAGACUAAUUCAAGUUAUUUAUCUGGUGAAAACAAGGCUCAAAAAUCUCAAGACAUGGAUCGCCAAUCAGAUUCUCGCUUUGGAAUGCUAGGUAGUCAAAUUUCUUCCACUGGUUCAACCACUGUGAAUCAAGAAAGAGGUCGUCCUUCAAUUCCGGCACAAGGAAUUAACAAGCAACAGCAACAACAUUUGAAUUUCCCACAAACUUCAUUCGCCAUGUAUGGGAGUAAUAAUUAUCAUACAUAUUCUGGGCCAAAUGUUAAUACUUCGGGUUCCUCUUUAAAGCCUCAACCUCAUGAUUCACAAAUGAGGCCAACUGCACAUCAAAGCAUGGGAUCAAAUCCUACUGUAGGAGGAUCAACCCAGGCAAUGAACAUGAUGAGUGGGCCUAAGCUUGAGAGGCAAAACUCUAGUAAUGACCCAAAUAGAUUGCAGGGCACAUCACUUUCUCACUUUUCUAGUGGUUCAGUUCCUUGGCAAGCCUCUCCGAGUAAGGAGCUGAAUCCUGGCCCUUUUUCAUCAGCGACAUAUGUGAAACAGGAAUCUGCUGAUCAAGGUGCUGACCAGCACAGAUCUCAUUUGCCUGCAACCCAGGGAGUCUCGACUACACUAGCUGAACAAGGGAAGGCAGUUACAACUACUGCAAAGGAUGAGCCUGGAGAGAAGCAGUCUUCUAGAGUUGCCUUCACAACAACACCCUCCAUCACAGCACAAUUGGAUUCUAAUGUCCUGUUGGGCUCUAGGAAUCCAUCUGUGCCUGCUCCAACUGGGAUGAAUGCAAGAACUCCUCAAAAAAAGCCUUCUAUUGGCCAGAAGAAACCACUGGAAGCUCUUGGUUCAUCACCACCACCAUCAAGUAAGAAGCAAAAAGUGUCUGGAGCAUUUUCAGAUCAGAGCAUUGAACAACUAAAUGAUGUCACUGCUGUCAGUGGAGUCAAUCUCAGGGAAGAAGAGGAGCAACUAUUGUCUGGUCCCAAGGAUGAGAGUCGAGUUUCAGAAGCAUCCAGAAGGGUUGUGCAAGAGGAAGAAGAAAGACUAUUUUUGAAGAAAACCCCUUUGCAGAAGAAAUUGGCUGAAAUUAUGGCCAAAAGUGGUUUGAAGAAUAUAAGCAAUGAUGUUGAACGAUGCUUGUCCCUGAGCGUGGAGGAAAGAAUGCGUGGGCUCAUAUGCAAUUUAAUCAGACUGUCGAAACAGCGUGUUGAUAUUGAGAAGCCUAGGCACCGGACAGUUAUCACCUCGGAUGUUCGGCAGCAAAUUAUGAUGAUGAACCAGAAUGCUAGGGGAGAAUGGGAGAAAAAGCAGGCUGAGGCAGAGAAGCUCCGGAAACUUAAUGAACCUGAGGCUGAGACUGCCUUUGAUGGUGACAAGGAGAAAGAUGACAGUCGAGUAAAAGCAGUAAAGGUAAAUAAGGAGGAGGAUGACAAGAUGAGGACCACUGCUGCAAAUGUUGCUGCUCGUGCUGCUGUUGGGGGGGAUGACAUGCUGUCAAAAUGGCAGCUUAUGGCUGAGCAAGCUCGCCAGAAACGUGAGGGAGGAACGGAUGCGGCAUCUGGUUCACAGGCAAGUAAAGAUGCAAACCGCAGGCCUUUAUCUGCAUCUGGGAAAAGUACAAAGGACAAUCAAGAAUCUGAAAAGAGGGGCCCUCUUAAUCCUCAUGGAUCUGGGACAAGCAAGAAAUUUGGCCGGAACCAAGGUACGACACUCACGGCCCAUGCUAGAGUGGCUCGUACUAUUUCCAUUAAGGAUGUGAUUGCAGUUCUGGAAAGAGAGCCCCAAAUGUCAAAGUCUACACUUAUUUAUGGCUUGUACGAAAAAACCUGCUCCGAAUCUAAAGCGGAGUGAUUAUAGUGCACAUUUUAUACAUUUGGUGUUUCGUGUUUGCCAUUACAUAAAAUGGGAUUUGAGAUGUCCAUGACUGUAUCUUUAGAAUUAAUGGAAGAAAAAACAGGUAGAUCCUGAUCUUACUACA